AUGGCGCGUAACAGCGAGAAAGCGCAAUCGAUGCUCUUCCGGUUCCGGGCCCAGCAGGCCGCGGAUCUGGGCAUCAUCGACAUGGGGCGAACCCGUCGUCCCAAAGCCAUCACGACGGUCGAUUCGAUCCCCAUGUGCGAGAAAUGGCGCGGCCAGGUCCUGAAGGAGAUUUCGCGAAAAGUGUCCCGCAUUCAUGAACAGAGUCUCAGCGACUAUCAAAUUCGGGAUUUGAACGAUGAGAUCAAUAAGCUUAUGCGCGAGAAGUGGACGUGGGAGAUGCAAAUCCGGAACCUGGGCGGGCCGAAUUAUAUGCGAGGCUCGGGUCGCGUAUACGACGAGGAGGGAAGGGAAAUACCAGGCGGAGGGAAAGGAUAUCGAUAUUUUGGUCGCGCUAGGGAUUUACCGGGUGUGAAGGAGAUGUUUGAAGCGGCGGCUCGACGGGGUCGUGGGCCGGCGGAGGAGGAAGGGGAACAGCGUGGACGUGGUGGUGAUAUCGCGACUAAGAAGGUGGACGCGAACUACUUCGGAUACGGAUUAGAUGAAGAGGAUGGUACUCUUGUGGAAUACGAGAGGCAAAAAGAGGAAGAAGCCAUGAAAUAUCUUCGCGGCGAGAAAAAAGAUGAUGCUGAGGAUGGGUGGGAGCCUCUGCCAGGUGAUGCAGGAGAUGGAAUGGAAUGGAGAUUGCCAUCUCUUGAAGAAGUACAAGAAGAACUCGUUGACCGGCGGAGGAGACGGCUUUUGGACAAGAUCUCUUGA